AUGUUUGGACUGGGAGUGGAAGCCGAUAGACUGUCCAUCGUAUGGAAAGUGUCGGAUAACUCGCACAACGAGAAAAUAUUGCCCCAAAUGUCGGCUCACAAAAUGCUUGGACAUCGGAAUGAGACAGACUAUCACACGUUCAAUGAAUUGGAAAAUACACGCAUUUCGGAGUUAACCACUGCCACCAAUAUAUUCAAUUAUCCCGUAACCAAAAAUCUUAUAUACUUAAGAGAUAAGGUGCAGAUAUACCGUAUGACCAGGGUCAGGGUCGAGGACCUAAUCAGGGAUACCAUCAAAUUUUGUAAAAGUCUCGUUUCAUUCACAAAUACCUGUCCAGAGGAUCAGUUAUCGCUACUCAAGAAUGGAUGUAUGAAUUUGCUUUGCAUGCGAUUCUUGGCUUAUUAUAACGUGGAUAAAACAAUGUACUACCUCAAUUUGCUAACGGCAAUAAGAUAUUUACUGUUGAAAUAUCGGUCAAAAUCUGAAUCACAAUUAAAACUGAAAAGACUGAUGGAGUUGUUGAUUGAAUUUAAUACGAUAUCCAAUAUGCGAAGGGCUGUCCACUCUAAACAAAUGAUGGAAAGCCUACAAUAUUGCGGACCACUCAUGAGAGAGAGAUUGCUGGCUAACCGCAGCACUGCUUACUGUCAACACUUGUGGGUCAUUUGGGUCCGUCCGGACAGACCAUCCGACCGGGUUGUGGGCGAAGAUCAUCAUCGGGUGCUGUCCCGAUGGUACCUCCACAUAGAUGUCGUACGUGUUAUUAGCCAAUGGACUUCGGUUCGAGGCGUUCAAAUAAAUGUGCUGGAUGUCCGAAAUCUCCAACUUACAUCUCCUGAUAUGUUUAAAUGA